AUGGCUCCUCAAAUGAAAGGGUUGACGCAGUUCAUCACGGACUUGCGAAACUCACACGAUUACGACGAGGAGCGUAAGCGAAUCAACGUGGAAAUCAACAAUAUCCGCACGAAGUUUGCCUCAGGCAUGAAUUCCUACCAGAAGAAGAAGUACGUAUGUAAGCUAAUCUACAUGCACUUGUUGGGAUACACGGAAGAAGUCAAGUUUGGACUUGUGCAAUCGCUAGACUUAAUUCGUCUGCCGGAUUAUCUGGAGAAGCUGUUGGGCUAUCUCCUGGUGUCAGUACUUUUCACUAGAGAUGGAGGCACUCUUCUGGAAUUUUACAGCGAUUUGUUGGACCUGGUACACCCGGAGUUGGUACUGGACUUGCGGGCAAACUCCGAGGAUGUUAAUUGUUUGGCAUUGCAGUUUAUCGCUGCCAAUUUCAACGUCAUGCCCGAAAAUGGCUUGGUUCUAUUCGAGCCGGUGGUCUCGGAUGGUCACGCCGACGCCGUUCUCUGGCAAGAAAUCAUUGACAUGGUUUAUAGCUUCUGCGUGUCGCCAAUUGCUCGUGCCAACACGAAAAAGCGGGCAGUUACGGCUCUCAAUGUCUUGCUCAAACUUUAUCCACAAGUAAUAUUGAACAACGACAACUGGAUCCCGCGGUUGUUGACACUCGUUGACGAGACUGAUCUUAGUGUUGUACUCUCGGCAGUGCCUCUUGUGAGACUACUCACCGAUGUAUCUCCGCACUAUGCCAAGUCCAUAGUGCCGUCAAUAGCGAAUCGCCUCUAUGCUUUAGUUGUUGACCAAGACUGUCCACGCGAAUACUUCUACUACGACAAUCCUUCUCCUUGGCUUGUUAUCAACCUCAUUCAGCUAGUUGAGCAUUUUUUCCUUCCAUCUGAACAACUGAAAGUGGUGCCUUUGACUACUGCAGUAUUGGACAAUUCAACGGUGUCCAAACUUCGCCAGGUGGUAUCCAGAUCCAUUCAAAAUGCUUCCAAAUCAGUAAAGGGCCUGCCAAAUAGAAACUCCCAAUCAGCAAUCUUAUUUCAGGCCGUUUCGCUUGCUACGUUUCUUGAUGCAUCACCUGAAGCUAUUGAGGGUGCUAUUCAUGCUCUCCUUACGCUUCUUGACUCUUCCGAGACUAAUACUCGAUACUUGGUUUUAGACGCAUUGAUCAAGCUAUCUGCCAGAACCAAACACACCUCUUUUUUCAAUGAAGCAUUAGAGAAUAUUUUCAAAUGCCUUCACGAUAAGGAUGUUUCUGUCCGCAAGAAAACUGUGGAUUUGCUUUUUACCAUUUGCGACUCUUCCACUUAUACAAGCAUCAUAUCCAAGUUUCUUGAUUACUAUCCUGUUGCAGAGAGCUCACUUAAAGUUGACAUUGCCGUGAAAGUUGCUGUUCUUGCUGAACAAUUUGCUACUGACUCUAUAUGGUAUGUUUCCACCAUGCUUCGACUUUUAGCUUUAGGUGGGCAGUCUUCUAAGACUACGGGUGUAACCAAUAGAUCAAAUGUUGAGGUUUGGGAGCGUAUCACACAGAUCGUCGUCAAUAACGAGGAUCUACAUACUAAAGCAUCCAGGUACAUUAUCAAUUUGCUCAGAAAAGCUGAGGGUGGAACCGUUCCCGAAAACUUAGUCAAAGUGGCCGCGUUUAUUUUGGGUGAGUUUGGUUACAAGCUUGUGGAUAAGGAUGAUGCGUCUUCGCAUUUCACUCCAUCAAAGCAGUUCCAACUCCUAUUUGAGGCAUAUUUCAAGGUUUCGUUGGCAUCUAGACCAAUUAUUUUGACGGCAUUUCUCAAAUUCAUUUACAGAUUUUCUCUGGAAGACUAUGUUCCUGACAUUUUAGAUUUGCUUGAGGCCGAGACACAGUCUUUAGACUUGGAAAUACAAACUAGGGCAUACGAAUAUUUGAAAGUUGCCAGCUAUAUGGUGAGCGGAGAUGAAGCCGAUCGCAGAUUUGCAAAGAGUUUGAUUACUUCGAUGCCUCCUUUCGAAAAUAAGAAAAACACUUUGUUAAACUACCUCGGAAGUGUUAAAUUGGUUAACGGAAGAUCUUCUUCAACCGUCAAUGUUCUGAAGAUUCCAAAUCAUUCUGUCCUGGUGAAUGCUAUUAAGAGCACCAAAGACAUUCCAGAAAGGUCAACAUCCCCAAACAGUGGAUAUAGCGAUGAAGAACACUUUGACGAGACUACCAAUGAUCCCUUCGGAGAUGGCCUAACAGAACUUCCUCAAUUGUCCCCCAAUUGGUAUCCAGGAUACCACCGCAUGCUCCAGUAUGAUGCGGGAAUAUUUUACGAAGAUCAACUUGUGAAGAUCACCUACAGAACGACCAAGGAGGCACACAACAUCCAUGUUCAAUUUUCCAUCAUCAACAAUGCCGCAAAGACGGCGAGCGCAACCAUUACUGCAUUUACUGUCCGGGAGAUUCAUAAUGCUUUUAGAGGGACUGAUCCAGCCUAUAUUGUUAGUCUCACGCAGGUGCCUGAACUGACUAUUCAAGUCAAAUCAAACAUGGAGAUCGACGUCAAAGUACGCGAUAUCUUUGAGAACAGCCAAAGCCCUGUCUUGUCGUUGACUUAUAAGUGCAGUGGAUCUUUCAAUACGCUCAAUUUAAAGGUUCCCACCGUCUUAAUAAAAACUUUAUCUGGUACGGCAUUGGGCUCUCUUGAUGAGUUUAAGAAAAGAUGGUUGCAGAUCGGCGAGCAUCUUGGAACAGUGGAUGGAGAAAGGCGAGGGGUAAUUAGUGCCCAGUUCAGGCAUAGCUCCUCAAAUAUCGUCCGAAUCUUACAGAGAAUUGGGUUUGCAAUCGUACACAGCACUCAAGACUCAGAGGAGGGUGUCUUGGUUAUGGGUGCAGGCAUUUUGCAUACCAUGAAAUCAAAAUCCGGAGUGCUUGUGACGAUGAAGAGCCUAGACCAAGUGGGUAAAGAAUUCGACAUAGUUGUCAGGAGCACGGGAGGAGGUGUUUCCGGUACAAUCUAUGAAACAUUGGAAGAAAUCUUCCUGUAA